CAUUCUUCUUAAAAAGUUUAAACGGCGUGUGUCUGAUGACCUCUAGCGGCGCGCAUGCUUCAAGAGACUCUUGUGCUGUUUCCUCACUGUUGCGUCACUUCCGCCGGGGGCUUUCUGUGUCUCGUGACUGUCAGUGGUAAACAUGGCGUGAGUUUAUGCGCCUAAACUGCAAAACUACUGCAAAUAUCAGCGAUAAACAUGUGGAGGUUCCAGAGUUUGGUGAGCAGAGUCUUGAGCCGUUGUCAUGGAAACGCUCAGCUGCGUCUCUCACAGGGUCAUCAUGUGGAGGAUGAGGUCAUCAACACAUCCAUCCUCAGCGCCGGACGACAUGCGGGUGACAGCAGUUCGCAGAGGGAGGAAGAUCAUCAGAGGAAGAAGCGGACGUUUCAGUUCUGCUACACUGGAUUGCCAAGAUACACUGCUCUAGAUGCAGGCGGCUGGGGUGCAGCUGCUGUUCUGUUUAUGCAGGUGUGUCGCAGGAUUCACUCUCAGUUCUCCUGUCAUGCAGAUCAGAAUUCUGGACCGGUCCAGAUCAGAGACGCUGGAUUCAUACAGAAAUGCUCCUACAAGGCUCUGAUUGAUAUCUUCUCGAAGCAGAAUGUUUUGCCCAGUGGUGUGACAGUGAGGUGUCAGCGGGGGGCGCUACAGACUUCAGAACAGAGUGACAGCUGCCCUGAUGGUAGUCAUGGUAACAGUGACAGGAGUUCUGAUGGAGAUCAGCAGGUGGAGACAGCGAGCAGUCUCUCUCACUCAGAGGAGACGCUUUCUCCUGAGCGACCAGAAGCAGAGGAAUCUCUUACACCAGAUGAAGCAGUGCAGAAUUUAAAACACACGGCUGACUGCAGUGUACCCAUAAUCCUCAACAUCAUGGGUCUGGAGAACGCCAAAGCAGGAGAUUGUGAAACUGCCUUUUUGUGUUUUCUGGCUUCAGCGCAACACAACUACAGUAAAGCUCACUUUAAUUUAGGAGUCUGUUAUGAGAAGGGCCGUGGAGUACAGCAAGACCACAACAAGGCUGUGCACUUUUACAGACGGGCAGCAGCUGCAGGUCAUCAUCAGGCUCAGUAUCGUUGUGCUAAACUCCUCCUGAGCAGCAGAGGGCAGCAGUGUUCAGACACAGACACAGCUCUCUCAUACCUGCACACAGCUGCAGACGCUGGACUCACUGAGGCUCAGAUAUAUCUGGGUUUUGUGUUGUCAGAGUCUGAUGAGAUGAAGUCUUUUCAUUAUUUCAGAAGGGCGGCACAGAGUGGGGACAGCAGAGGUCUUGUGUUGUUGGCUCAGUGUUAUGAAACAGGCUUCGGUGUGUCACAGUGUGUCAGUACGGCAGUCUCACUCUAUCAUCAGGCAGCAGACAGAGGAAACAAACAAGCCAGAGACGUACUGAGAGACACACACAGAAGAGAAGUCCUGCGCUCUAUCCGAUCUGCUCCUUGCUUCUCUGUGAUUGGCCGUCUCAACCUAAACUCCAUGUGCUCUCAAACAUCUGGAGAUGUGAAGCCACACCCACAGCAGCGAUGUGAUUGGCCGACACAGCCGCUGCCUCAUUCCUGGAGUACAGGCAGUCUGAUGGCACUGCCCUCAAUAACACUUCAGACAGUGAAUACUGAGAGCCGUCGUAAUGUUUGGACACUAGGUGUGCGCUAACACACACACACAGACAGACACACACAUACCAGUGCAAUCAUUAAGACACAAUCAUUCAUUUAACGCCACGGGCCGUUGGUCCAGUCAUUGACUAAUGCACACACAAUCAUGUAAUGAACAUACACAUGAUGUAUCAUAAUAAUGUUCUCAGCCAAUCAGAGGAGAGAUAUGGAGUGAUGAUGUCAUUGUUGGACAGACCUGUGUGAAUGUAUUUGUUUUUUAGAGAUGGAAAUGUCUUUAGAAAUAGAAAGUGCUUCGUUUACUGGGGUUUGUAUAUACAUGUAUCAGUUUGUGAAGGGAGAAUAAAUGUUUUUUAUUGUGUUUA